AUGAAGAAUGGAUUUUUAUUGUUGCCUUCACUGAAUCUGCCUCCAUAUCAGAUGAAAAUGGGAAACGGGAUAUCUGAUCAAUCCAGGAUAUUUUCCAGGCUUUCAUUCUGGAAGUCUCUCCACAUUACAAUUUUGGGUUUGGACUCUGCAGGCAAAACCACUGUCCUGUACAGACUGCAGUUUAAUGAGUUUGUUAACACCGUGCCUACGAAAGGAUUUAAUGCAGAGAAGGUCAGAGUGGCCCUCAGACACUCAGGGACUGUGACUUUUCACUUUUGGGAUGUUGGUGGUCAAGAGAAACUGCGUCCACUCUGGAAAUCUUACACUCGCUGCACUGACGGUGUUGUGUUUGUGGUCGAUUCAGUGGAUGCUGAGCGGAUGGAAGAGGCCAAAACUGAACUUCACAAGCUUGCACACUCGUUGGAGAGUCAAGGUGUUCCCAUACUCAUUGUAGCAAAUAAGCAGGACCUGAGAAACUCUAUGACCCUGAUAGAAAUUGAGAAGAUGCUGGCACUGCAUGAGCUUGGCGCCUCUACACCAUGGCACUUACAACCUUCAUGUGCAAUAAUUGGUGAUGGUUUACUAGAAGGACUUGAAACACUGCAUGACAUGAUCCUCAAACAGAGGAAGAAGCAAAAGCAGCAGAAAAAGAAGUGAUGGAAUGUUCCAAAAGUGAUAGAAAUCGGUUUAUAGGGUGAUGCUGUGAAGUGGCUCUUAUUUAGACCUGGCAUUAAUCAGCUGACUGAGUUUUAUCAGUUUUAUACUCUAAUGGUUUGUAAACUUAAAAAUAAAUUUUAAGGUGGAAUUUUAAUUACUUGAAGUAUGUUAAAGGAACACAUAUGAAGAAAGUAUUUGGUGUGUGUGCUAGUCAUGAGAACUGUGACCUUUUUUCUCAAAUUAAUGUAGGACUGAGAACACAGAACUAAUUCUUGGAUUAAACAAUUAUUGAGGGUUUUUUUUUUAUUAUAUGAAAUAUGUUUGCUUUUAUUUUACUUCGAUUUGUUUUUUAUUUUGGAAGUAACGUUCACUUUCUGUAACUUUAUAUGUUGUGUACAAGCACUUUAGAUAUCAUACUUCAUAUCUGUUUGAAUAUUUUUAUUAACCUAAAUAAAUAUUUCUAUUGUACAGA